UACCACAUAUGUAAGAAAGAACACAAGAAAAAACUGGAUCAAGCAGCUGAAGAAUAACAAGGAAAAACACAAUUCUGGUUGUUUUCUCUGAUCCAUUCCCGUUUGAAGAAAAAAUGGAGAUGUUUUACUAUCUUGUUUUUGGGGUUCUUUCUUUUGUUGUUGCGAGCCUUGAGUUGAGCAAGACGAAUAAAGAUCGAAUCAAUACAACAACUGCAUUCAACUCUUUCAAGAACAAUUACCUGGUUGUGUACUCUCUCAUGAUGUCUGGGGAUUGGAUGCAGGGUCCUUAUGUAUACUACCUGUAUAGCCAAUAUGGUUUCAGUAAGGGGGAUAUUGGCAGGCUUUUCAUUGCUGGUUUUGGAUCUUCUAUGUUUUUCGGGACAAUUGUCGGAUCUUUGGCUGACAAACAGGGUCGGAAAAGAGCUUGUGUUACUUACUGCAUUACUUACAUACUGAGCUGUAUCACAAAGCAUUCUCCUCAGUACAAAGUAUUGAUGUUGGGUCGUAUUUUGGGAGGAAUCGCCACUUCUCUGUUGUUUUCAGCGUUCGAGUCAUGGCUUGUUGCAGAACACAAUAAGAGAGGUUUUGAACAGCAAUGGUUGUCACUAACAUUCUCCAAGGCAAUAUUUCUUGGGAAUGGUCUCUUUGCCAUCCUAUCUGGCCUAUUUGCAAACUUAUUAGCAGAUAAUCUGGGAUUUGGACCUGUGGCUCCAUUUGAUGCUGCUGCAUGCAUCCUUGCGCUUGGCAUGGCCAUCAUCUUAUCUUCAUGGCCUGAAAACUUUGGAGACCCUUCCGAUAACAAGGAUUUGCUUACCCAAUUCAAGGGCGCUGCACUUGCGAUUGCUGCAGAUGAGAAAAUCGCAUUGUUGGGUGCAAUACAAUCCCUGUUUGAAGGUUCAAUGUACACCUUCGUGUUCUUGUGGACUCCUGCUUUGAGCCCAAACGAUGAAGAUAUCCCACAUGGUUUCAUUUUCGCAACAUUCAUGCUGUCUUCCAUGUUGGGAAGCUCUAUCGCGUCCCGAAUGAUGGCCCGUGCCUCUCUCAGAACUGAAAGUUACAUGCAAAUGGUGUUCGCUAUUGCUGCCUUUACUCUACUCCUUCCAAUCAUUACCAGUGUCCUCGUACCACCUUCAGGGGUGAAAGGUGGGAGCAUCUCUUUUGCUGGGUGUAUUCAACUCUUUGGUUUUUGUACCUUUGAAGCUUGUGUGGGGAUAUUUUGGCCAUCGAUAAUGAAGAUGAGGUCCCAGUACAUACCUGAGGAGGCUCGAAGUACAAUCAUGAAUUUCUUCCGUGUUCCUCUAAACAUAUUUGUGUGCGUCGUGCUUUACAAUGUAAAUGCAUUCCCGAUCACCGUCAUGUUUGGCAUGUGCUCUAUAUUCCUGUUCAUGGCAUCAAUCUUGCAAAGGCGGCUUAUGGUUGUUUCAGAGAGAGAGAUCCAAAAAUCAAGGUCGCAAGAUUGGACACCCAUGAAGGAAAGAAUUGAAGAGGAGCAACCACUAAAAGUCACCAUUUAAUUCAAUUUUUCAAGAAGAUAAUCCUUAGCAAAUUUGGAAAUACUUAUUCAUUUCUUCUGGAUAACGUACACCUAAAUCUCAAACAUUUUGGAUGUAUAAGAAAUAUAUGCUUUUAGCUAGUAAAAAAAAGCAUCAAUGCAAGGGAAUGGUGACCAUCCUAGACCAAGGAAGGUGAAAGAAUACUACAACAUUUUGCAAUUCAGUAUUGAUACUUUUUUUUAAUAGCCCUUUUACAAACAUAAGAGAUUGCAGUAUGCAUGGACCGAUAUUAUGUUUCAGUGGUUAAUGCUUGUGGUUAUUAUCUUUGAUUUUGUAAGAACAUUAUGUGCUAUAUAUAUGCACAUACUUGCAUGUUGUAUAAUUUUAACAACACAAAUUUUGAGAAGAUAACAUUUUUUGUUUAAUAAUGCAAAUCUUAUAUUCAUGUUUAUA